CCUAUUGUUCUCCAUGUGUAUUCUGCUCCAUCUUUUCGUAUCCACUUUUUCCUCUGUGACUAAAGAAGCAAAAUUAACUAGCUUAAUUCCGGAAGAGACAGUAGGACGCCUAAAUAUCUUGGACCGGCACGGAAAGAGGAGGUCCGACCUUGGAAGUGGAACGAGGUCCUUCGAUGGGUCCUUUCGGGGGGUGACAUUCAAUCGGCCGUUGGAGGCUACGGACUUCGCAUCCUAGAACUAUGGCCCAGUUUGUCCGUAACCUCGCGGAGAAGGCCCCGGCGCUGGUAAACGCUGCUGUGACUUACUCAAAGCCACGAUUGGCCACAUUUUGGCACUAUGCCAAGGUUGAACUGGUUCCUCCAACCCCUGCUGAGAUCCCUACAGCUAUUCAGAGCUUGAGAAAAAUAGUCAAUAGCGCUCAAACUGGUAGCUUCAAACAGCUCACAGUUAAGGAAGCUCUGCUGAAUGGUUUGGUGGCCACCGAGGUGUGGAUGUGGUUUUAUGUUGGCGAGAUCAUAGGGAAGCGUGGCAUCAUUGGCUAUAAUGUUUGAAGAUCAAUCUUUAACAUCUGUUUCUUUUUGGUUUAUUAUUUGCAUGUUCUUGGAUCAUGUAUGAGCAGACUGGUAUUUGAAUAAAAUAAGAAAUGUCAAAAUCAAUGUUUUCUAUAUAAAACACUGGAUGAAA